AUGACCCACCAGUACCCCCCGCUCACUGCCGAGCAGAAGAAGGCGCUUUCGGACAUUGCCCAGCGGAUCGUGGCCCCGGGCAAGGGCAUCCUGGCCGCCGAUGAGUCCGUAGGCAGCAUGGCCAAGCGGCUGAACCAGAUCGGGGUGGAGAACACGGAGGAGAACCGGCGUCUCUACCGCCAGAUCCUCUUCAGCGCCGACAGCCGGGUCAAGACGUGCAUCGGGGGGGUCAUCUUCUUCCACGAGACCCUCUACCAGAAGGCCGACGACGGCACCCCCUUC